AUUAAUGUAAAAAAUAAAAAUUUAAUUUAAAAAAAUUGCUUUGAGUCUGAGUAUAUGGUCAAUUUUGAAGAAAGUUCCAUGAGGUGCAGAGAAGAAGGUAUAUUCUUUUGUGUUUGAGUGAAAUGUUCUGUGUAUGUCUGCUAAGUCCAUUUGACUUACAACAUCUAUUAGCUCCAGCAUCUCUCUAUUUAGUUUUGUUGAGAUGACCUGUCCAUUGGUGAGAGUGGAAUACUGAAGUCUCGUACUAUCAGUGUGUAAGGGUCAGUAUGUGAUUUAAGCUGUAGGAGUGUUUCUUUUACAAAAGUCGAUACCAUUAUUUUAGGGGUAUAGAUGUUAAGAAUAAGAUGUAUGACGCUGUGCAUGGUGGCACACACCUUUAAUCCCAAAACUUAGGAGGCAGAAGCAGGAAGAUCUCUGCCUUCGAGGCUAGCCUAGACUUCAGAGGGCAUUCCCAGGACAGCCAGGGUUAUACAGAGAAACUCUUGUCUCAAAAAAAAAGUAUUCUUGGUGGAUUUUUUUUUCUUUGAUGAGUAUGUAGUGUGCUUCCCUAUUUCUUGUGAUUAGUUUUGGUUUGAAGUCUAUUUUGUUACAUAUUAAAUAAAAUGAAUACACCAGCUUGCUUCUUAAGUCCAUUUGCUUGGAAUAUAAUUUUCCAACUCUUUACCCUGAGGUAAUAUCUAUCCUUGAUAUUGAGGUGUGUUUCUUUUUCUUGGGUGCAGCAGCAGAAUGGAUUCUGUGUUCACUUCCAUUCUGUUACUCUGCAUCUUUUUAUUGGGAAAUGUUGAACACUAUCAGUGACCAAUGAUUGUUGAUGCCUGUUAUUUUCUUGGUGUUGGUAGUGUUGAGGGUGUGUGUGUGUGUUCUCCUUCUUUUGAUUUUGCUGGUUUUAGAUUAUUUAUUUCCUGUUUUUUCAUGGUCUUAGGUUGACAUUUUUCUUCUAGCACCUUCUAUAGAACUGGAUUUGUAGAUACAUAUUGUUUAAAUUUAACUUUAUCAUGAAAUAUCUUAUUUCUCCAUCUAUGGUGAUUGAAAGUUUUGCUGGGUAUAGUAGCCUGGGAUCACAUUUGUGAUCUUUUAAGAGUCUGGAGCACCUCUGUCCAAGUCCUGGUUUUUAAAGUCUCCAUUAAAAAGUCAGGUCUAGGGUGCUGGAGAGAUGGCUCAGUGGUUAAAAGCACUGUCUGUUCUUCCAAAGGUCAUGAGUUCAAUUCCCAGCAACCACAUGGUAGCUUUCAACCAUCUAUAAUGUGAACUUUCCUCUUGUGGCAGGUGAAAGUGCAGAUAGAACACUCAUAUACAUAAAAUAAAUAAAUAAGAAAGAAAGAAAGAAAGAAAGAAAGAAAGAAAGAAAGAAAGAAAGAAAGAAAGAAAGAAAGAAAGAGAAAAGUCCGGUCUAAUUCUGAUAGGUCUGCCUUUAUGUGUAACUUGGUCUUUUUCCCUUAUGGCUUUUCAUAUUUUUUCUUUGUUUGAUUUGUGUGUUUAGUGUUUUGAUUAUUAUGUAGCAUGGGGACUUUUUUUUUCUGGUCCAAUCUAUUUGGUGUUUUUUAUGCUUCUUGUACCUUGAUAAGCAUCUUCUUUAGGUUAAGAAAAAAAAUUUUUUUCCGUUAUUUGUUGAAAACUUUCUCUGGUCCUUUGAGCUGAGUUUCUUUUCCUUCCUCUAUACUUGUUUUUUCUUAGGUUUGGUCUUUUCAUAGUGUCACAGAUUUUUUGUUUUGUGACAGAAGUCUUCUAGAGUUAACUCUUUUUUUUUUACUGAUAUAUCCAUUUCUUCUGUCAUAUCUUCAAUGCCUGAGUAUCUGUCUUCCUUUUUUGUAUUCUAUUGGUGAAGGUCGUCUCUGUAAUUCUUGUUCGAUUUCCUAAAUUUUUUUCUCUCCAGAAUUCAGUUCGUUUGGGUUUUCAGGUUGAUCCUAUUUCCAAUUUCUAAUCUUGAACAGUUUUUUUUCAUUUCCUCCACUAUUUAUGUUUUGCUGGAUUUCUUUAAGGGAUUUAUUUAUUUCCCUUUGAAGGACCUCUAUUACACUUAUUAAGGCUGUUUUAAAGGUUUUGUGUUUGGGUGUGUGUGUGUUUCAGCUAUGUUGGAAUAUUCAGAGCCUGCUGUGGUAGGAUAGUGGGGCUCCGUGGAAACAUAUUGCCCUGGUUGUUACUGAUUGUGUUCUUAUGCUGACAUGUAGGCAUCUGGGUUUGGGAUGAUUAUAGGUCUAAGUGUUGGUAUCUGGAUUUGUCUUUGUUGGUUGGGUGUUUUGUUCCUUGGUUUCUGUUUGUUUGUUUGUUUUUGUUUUUUUCUGGAUUUUCAGAGAAUGUGAUGGCUGUGUGUUUGCCUGUUUUCCUGGCCUGCUCAGCUGGUACUAACUGAACGCUUGGAUGCCCUUCUUCUGGAAAAAGCAGAGACUGAACAACAGUGUCUAUGUCUGAAAAAGGAAAAUAUUAAAGUGAAGCAAGACGUUGAGGAUUCUGUAACUAAACUGGAAGAUAUGAACAAAGAGUUUGAACAAUCACAUAGAAACUAUGUAAAAGAAAUUGAAAGCUUUAAAAAUGAAUUGAUUGCAGUGCACUCAGAGCAUAGUAAAGAAAAAGCCAUCUUGCAAAAAGAACUGGAAGAUGCAGUAAAUAAGCAGUUCGAGCUGUUAGAACAGCUUAAAUCUCAGAGUGAUGCUGAAGACACUGUUAAAAAACUACAAGAAGAGAUUCAGAACAUUACGGCAGUAUUUGAGGAACAAAUUUUAUGUCUAAAAAAGCAGUUAGAAGCUACCAACAAUGAAAAAAAUCAAGAGAUUAUUCAUCUCCAAAAAGUCAUUGAGGACAACACUGAACACUACCAAAAAGAUAUUAAUACUUUUCAAGAAGAGAUUUUGCAGCUGAGAGCUACACACAAAGAUGAAGUUAAUGAGCUGAUGUCUCAAAUGGAAACAUCAGCUAAAGAACAUGAGGCAGAAAUAAACAAGCUAAAAGAGAAUAGGUUGCUACAGUGUGGGGCAAAUGAGAACAUUCAGGGGAAAUACCAAUGUGAAUCAGAAAACUUAAGUGAAGGCAUCUCAGAUACAAACCAGGAGAGUCUAAAUUGCUCUGUGCCCUUACCGGAAGAUCCUGUUGCAGAACAAACAGUGUAUGAUAAAGUCAGGCAGUUGGAGGAUUCCUUAAAAGAACUGGAAUCUCAACACAGUAUCUUAAAAGAUGAGGUGACUUACAUGAAUAAUCUCAAGUUAAAACUUGAGAUGGAUGCACAACAUAUAAAGGACGAGUUUUUCCAUGAGCGAGAAGACUUGGAGUUUAAAAUUAAUGAACUGUUACUAGCUAAAGAAGAACAGGGCUAUGUAGUAGAAAAAUUAAAAUAUGAGCGAGAAGAUUUAAAUAGACAGCUUUGCUGUACUGUGGAACAACACAACAAAGAAAUACAGCAUCUUCAGGAACACCAUCAGAAAGAAAUCUCUGAACUAAGUGAGACAUUUAUGUCAGGUUCAGAAAAAGAAAAGUUAGCAUUAAUGUUUGAAAUACAGGGUCUUAAAGAACAGUGUGAAAGUCUACAACAUGAAAAGCAAGAAGCGGUCCUAAAUUAUGAGAGUUUACGAGAGAUGAUGGAAAUUUUACAAACAGAACUCGGAGAAUCCGCUGGAAAAAUAAGUCAAGAGUUUGAAACAAUGAAGCAACAACAAGCAUCUGACGUUCAUGAGCUUCAACAGAAGCUGAGAACUGCUUUUAAUGAAAAAGAUGCUCUUCUUGAAACUGUGAAUCGCCUCCAAGGAGAAAAUGAAAAGUUACUGUCUCAACAAGAAUUAGUACCAGAACUUGAAAGUACCCUAAAGAACCUUCAGGCAGACAAUAGCAUGUACUUAGCCAAUCUUGGUCAAAAAGAUAUCAUGUUACAAGAAUUAGAAGCAAAGAUAAGUUCUCUUGCUGAAGAAAAAGAUGAUUUUAUAAAUAAAAUAAAAACUUCCCAUGAAGAGAUAGAUCAUCUCCAUCAGAAAUGGGAAAGGGAACAGAGAUUGACUGUAGAACUCAGGGAUGCAGCAGAGCAAACUGCCCAGCACAACAGUGAACUGAGAAAAAGAGUAACUGAAUUAACAGGGAAACUAGAUGAAAUAUUAAGAGAAAAGAGUCAAAAUGAUCAAAACAUUAUGGUUCAAAUGAAAACGAUGACUGAAGACCAAGAAGAAUUGUCAUCUAAAAUCAAGUCUCUUUAUGAGGAAAAUAAUAGACUACACUCCGAAAAGGUCCAACUGAGUAGGGAUUUGGAAGCUCUUCAAUCUCAAAAAGAUUUUGCCCUAAAAGAACAUGUUACUGAUUUGGAAAAGAAACUCCAGUUAAUAGUUGAAGAGCGAGAUGAUUUAAAUAAACUGCUUGAAAAUGAGCAAGUUCAGAAGUCAUUUGUCAAAACUCAGUUGUGUGAGUAUCUUAAACAAGUGAGGCCAAGCAUUUUAGAAGAAAAUGAAGAGGAUAUUGUAAAAGUUGUACAAGCUGUAGGUGAAUUUUUAGCAAAAAUAAAGGAAGAAAAACGAGACUUGGUAUUUGAAUGUGAUGAGAGAGUAUUAGAAUUAGAAAAAAAGAUUAAGUGCCUUCAAGAGGAGAUGGUAGUUCAGUGUGAAGAACUCAGGGCUUCACAGAGAAACUCUGAGCAAGAGAAAAUUCUCCUAAAGAAAGAAUUAGAAGAAGCCAUAUCAACAAAAGAGGCCCUGAAACUUGAUGUUCUAGAAAUGAAGAAUGCUAAUGAAAAAAAAAGCCUUGAAAAUCAGACUCUUUCAACUCAGGUUGAAGAAGUAUCUCAGACAUUAAACAGCAAAAAUGAAAUCCAUGAUAAAAAUGUUGUUGUAAUGGACCAUGACAAAUUAAGGCUAUUGCUUGAAGAAAGAGAAUCUGAACUACAAGAUGUGAGAGCAGAACUGAUACUGUUAAAGGAUUCCUUAGAGAAAUCGCCUUCUGUAAAAAAUGAUCAACUCUCAUUGGUAAAAGAGCUGGAAGAAAAAAUAGAAAGUCUGGAAAAAGAAUCCAAAGACAAGGAUGAGAAAAUAAGUAAGAUAAAACUAGUUGCUGUGAAAGCGAAGAAAGAACUAGAUUCUAAUAGGAAAGAGGCCCAGACACUAAGGGAAGAACUUGAAUCUGUACGAUCAGAAAAGGACCGUUUGUCUGCUUCUAUGAGGGAGUUCAUCCAAGGAGCAGAAAACUAUAAGAAUCUUUUGUUAGAAUAUGAUAAGCAGUCAGAACAGCUGGAUGUGGAAAAAGAACGUGCUAAUAAUUUUGAACAUCAUAUAGAAGACCUUACCAAACAAUUAAGAAAUUCAGCUUGCCAGUGUGAGAAACUAAAUUCAGACAAUGAGGAUCUCCUGGCUCGUAUUGAGACACUGCAGUCUAAUGCCAGGUUAUUAGAAGCACAGAUCUUAGAAGUUCAGAGAGCCAAAGGAGUAGUAGAAAAAGAACUAGAAGCUGAAAAACUUCAGAAAGAGCAGAAAAUAAAGGAACAUGUCAGUACUGUAAAUGAGCUCGAAGAACUCCAGCACCAGUUUCAAAAGGAAAAGAAGCAACUUCAGAAAACCAUGCAAGAAUUAGAACUUGUUAAAAAGGAUGCCCAGCAGACCACAUUGAUGAAUAUGGAAAUAGCAGAUUAUGAACGUUUGAUGAAAGAAUUAAAUCAAAAAUUAACAAAUAAAAACAGUAAGAUAGAGGAUUUGGAACAAGAAAUAAAAAUUCAAAAACAGAAACAAGAAACCCUACAAGAAGAAAUGACUUCACUGCAGUCUUCACUUCAGCACAAUGAAGAAAAAAACACCAAAAUCAAACAGCUGCUUGUGAAAACCAAAAAGGAACUGGCAGAUGCAAAGCAAGCAGAAACAGAUCACCUACUACUACAGGCAUCUUUAAAGGGUGAGCUGGAAGCAAGCCAGCAGCAAGUAGAAGUCUAUAAAAUUCAGCUGGCUGAGAUAACUUCUGAGAAACACAAAAUCCAUGAGCAUCUGAAGACUUCUGCAGAACAGCACCAGCGCACACUGAGUGCAUACCAGCAAAGGGUGGCGGCACUGCAGGAAGAGAGCCGCACUGCCAAGGCAGAGCAAGCUGCUGUCACCUCUGAAUUUGAGAGCUACAAAGUCCGAGUUCAUAAUGUUCUAAAACAACAGAAAAAUAAAUCUGUGUCUCAGGCUGAAAAUGAAGGAGCUAAACAAGAAAGGGAACACCUGGAAAUGCUGAUUGACCAACUGAAAAUCAAGUUACAGGACAGCCAAAAUAGCUUACAAAUCAGUGUGUCAGAGUUCCAGGCACUACAGUCUGAGCAUGAUACUCUGCUGGAGAGGCACAACCGGAUGCUGCAGGAAACCGUGACCAAAGAGGCAGAACUUCGGGAAAAGUUGUGUUCAGUUCAAUCUGAGAACACCUUGAUGAAGUCUGAACAUGCCCAGACAGUGUGUCAGCUAACAUCCCAGAAUGAAGUACUCCGGAACAGCUUCCGAGACCAGGUUCGACAUUUGCAGGAUGAGCACAGAAAGACAGUGGAGACUCUGCAGCACCAGCUCUCUAAGGUGGAAGCUCAGCUCUUCCAGCUCAAGAGUGAGCCAUCCACAAGAAGCCCUGCUUCUUCCCACCAACUUUUGAAAAACCCCCGAGAAAGAAGACACACAGACCUCCCCCUUCUGGACAUGCACUCGGUGGCCCGAGAGGAGGGAGAAGGGAUGGAGACAACUGACAGCGAGUCUGUGUCUUCGCCUGGCACACAUGUUCAGUCUUUAGAGCAGCUCCUUAGUUCUUCUGACACCAAGCCUGAACAGCAUCUUACAGAACCCACUUUAUGGCAUACUGAAUUUACCAAAGAAGAAUUGGCUGAGAAGCUCAGUUCCACCGCUAAGAGUGCAGAUCACUUAAAUGGCCUGCUUCGGGAGACAGAGGCCACCAAUGCCAUUCUCAUGGAGCAAAUUAAGCUUCUCAAAAGUGAGAUAAGAAGACUGGAAAGAAACCAAGAGCGUGAGAAGUCUGUGGCCAACCUGGAGUACUUAAAGAAUGUCUUGCUGCGGUUCAUUUUCCUGAAGCCUGGUAGCGAAAGAGAGAGGCUUCUUCCUGUGAUUGACACAAUGCUGCAGCUCAGCCCUGAAGAGAAGGGAAAGCUUGCCACAGUUGCUCAAGGUGAAGAAGAAGGUGCUUCCCGUUCCUCUGGAUGGGCAUCCUAUCUGCAUAGUUGGUCUGGACUUCGAUAGAUUGAUAGAAAGAACAGAAUUGACUCAACAGAAUUCAUUUGGGGGAAAAAAUGGUUAUUAUUAUUUGAUCAGGAAGUGUGCAUAUCUGUUCACGUCCUCUGGUGAUUGUAUAUAUGGUAGCAGAUGUGUUUAGAAUCUCAACUUGUAGUAAAAGGACAACAGCUUGAAGCAAUGGUACCAAUUGUCCACAGCCCUCUAACUCAGCACCACAGUCUCUGUGCUCUCCCAUGCACAGAGGAAACAGUUCAUUCCCGCACUCUACAACCCCAGGAGUCACUCAUUACUGAGUAGUACUAUGAAUUUUGAAACUGAACUAAGUUUUGGUACCAUACCAACUGGGGAAUUUAAGCUUUCAAAAUAACGUUUCAAGAUUAAGGAAAUGCUUUAUUGGUAAGGUUUACAUAAUAUUAAGGGAUUAUGAAGUAAAUAUGCUAUGGUUAAUUAUGAGACUAAGUUAAAUUGCAAUUUAGUUAGUUGCUUUAAAAUGCCCCCCUCCCCUCGUUUGUUAUUUUCAAAAUUCACUCUGGUACUGGUGAUGUGAUGCUGACUGAAUAGGUGGAUGCCCCCCCCCCCCACAGCUGUGUUUCCAUGUGUCUCCAGGCUCUCAGUGUACUGCCACUGCUCAUAAGCCAUGAGUCUCUUUUGAGAAUUCCCUGACUCUCAGAACAGUGACUGUCUUACCUAACAUUAAGUCCACACGUGAGCCUGCUGCUUCCAGUGUUGUUCAGGUAGUCUGGUUCCUAACCCUGACCCCCAGAGGGCCCUGGCUCACUCUUGGUGAGUAAGCCUGGCUGGGGCUGGGGGAGAGGGAUUACUUGCCUUUAUAUCUCUGGAAAUACUCUUUUGGCUAGAUUAAAAUUGUGCUCUUAAGUCAAAUUUGGGAAUUAUAUGUUAAUAUGUAAUUUGUUAAUAAAUAACCACAUAGUGAUGUCUGGAAUUGUUAAGCUUAUGGUUUAUUCUCCAGUUUUCAGUCUCAGCUGGAAACCUGACUCUCUAUUUCAGUCACUAUGAAUAUUGGCUUCCAACCUGGUUUGACUGACAUUUGCUGCUGACACGUUGAGUUUGUUCUCUUAAAGCUCUCCAUCUCACAGUGCUCGCUCCACCUGUUAGAACAGACCUAACUAAGUGAGUGUGCUGGUUAAAGUGCAUCGAUUCCAGAGCUGACUCCAGAAAUUGAGUGUUUAACUUCAUAAGCUGUGAAUGAGUAUGCCCAGUGGCAUCCAAUGUAAUUUUAGUAAUAUUUAAAUAAACUCCAUGAUUUCUUUGCACCUACUAUGCCUUUUGAAAUCUGUAUAAACCUGUUUUGAAAUCUAGUCUGUUCAUAUGAUUAUAUAAAAAUACCUUUGCAUGGUAAAAAUUACUUUGAUUACAAAAGACAUAUAUGCUUUUUGUGACCAGCAAUAAGGAACUAUAACAAAUGAUAUUUCUAUUAAAUGCAUUUAACUGUA